UUAAUAGUUAUUAUUUAAGAAUAAGUGGAAUAAAGUUGACAUACAAAAGUGCGUCUUAUAGUUACCAUUAUUUUUUGUCAUUUUUUUUUUUUCAAUUUGUUUUCAACGAGUGUUACUAAUUGGUCGAUGAUUAUUUUACGUCUUCGAGAAUUUUACUGAAAAAAUCAUCGCCUGAGAGAGGAACUUCUUCUUUUAGAAACAUCAUGGUUCAAAUUAAACGUAAAGUUAUUUUCAAUGGAAGUUUGCUUAACUAUAUGAAAAAUGUAAGAUUCAGUUCAUCAUUAAAAAUCCAAGAUAAAGCACGCCCUCAACCGGAGUUAGAGAAUUCGUUCAAAUAUGCAGACAUAUCGGUCCGUUUGGCGCCACCAAAUUUACUCCAACCAAAACCGGAUGUUCGGGAUUUGGUAUUUGGAAAAUUCUUUACCGAUCACAUGUUCAAAGUUUUUUUUCAUGAAGAUUUAGGAGGAUGGCAAACACCAGAAAUCACUCCUUUGGAAAACUUAGUUUUGCACCCAGCAUGCAAAGCUUUACACUACGCCGUACAAGUAUUUGAAGGCAUGAAAGCUUAUCGUGGAAAAGAUGAUAAGAUCCGGUUGUUUCGUCCCGAACUAAACAUGGAAAGAAUGAAUCUCUCAGCUCAACGAUUGGGUCUACCGACGUUUAAUAGAACAGAAUUCAUAAAAUGUUUAACCAGGUUAAUCAGUAUUGAUCAGGAAUGGGUACCACAUUGUGAAACUGCUAGCUUAUACAUAAGACCUACUCUUAUUGGUGUGGAUCCUACAUUGGGAGUUGCAACAUCUCGUUCCGCGCUCUUCUAUGCUAUUCUUUGUCCAGUUGGAUCCUAUUUUCACAAUAAAGCCCCCAAAGGUAUAUCGCUUCUUGCUGACCCGAAUUUUACAAGAGCAUGGCCCGGUGGCUGUGGUGAUCGUAAAGUGGGUAGCAAUUAUGCACCAACGAUUCAUGUUCAAGAGAAGGCAGAAGAAAAAGGUCUUCAGCAAGUUUUAUGGCUUUAUGGAGAAGAUAUGCAAUUAACUGAAGUUGGAACGAUGAAUAUUUUCAUGUUUAUUAUAAACGAUGAAGGAGAAAAAGAAUUGAUAACUCCGCCGUUAAACGGUUUAAUUCUUCCUGGAAUUACGAGAAAAUCAAUUUUAAAUUUGGCUAUAGAAUGGAAUCAGUUCAAAGUAACGGAAAAAAAUAUAACGAUGGAACAAGUGUGCCAUUUAAAUUCUGAAAAAAGGAUACUAGAAAUGUUUGGAGCGGGAACUGCCUGUGUGGUCAGCCCAAUAUCUAGCAUUAGUUUUCUCGAUGAGGUUUUAUACAUACCAACACUGGAUCAAUUAAACCCUAUCCAUCAGAUGUUUCUCAAGACUCUUUUAGACAUUCAAUAUGGAUGUGUACCCAAUCAUCCAUGGGUGUUGAAAAUCGACUAGUACAAGAAUUUCAUUCUUUUUUAUGUUAGGCCAAUCCGAAAAGUUCAGUUUAUUCUGAAUAGUUAACAAUGCGAUCUAAAAGAUCGACAUACACAAAAAUAAUGUAAUUACUUGAUAUAUUAUAGUCAAAUCCUCUAUUUUUUUUAUAAUUUUGAUAUUGAUAAUAAUAAAGAGACAUUGUAAAUAAU